AUGAGCAAACUGAUAGAGCCUGCGCUCAUCGUGAGUGCAAUUCUUCCAACCUUUCCCUCCCUUUCUUCGUCUAUCGCCAAAGAUGUUACACUAUUUGAGAAGCUUGAUACGGAUGGGCAAUUCCUCCUGUACCCUAAGCUGCCAAAGGAUGUGCAGGCCAUCAUUUGGGAGAAGUAUCUGGAGAAACACAAUGAAAUUGCCCCUGUUUUCCGCUAUGGACUGUACUCGAGUACUCGGACUGCGGUAGAUUCGUACUUCAAGCCACAUCCGCUUGCGAGUGUGUGACGAACUUCAAGAUGGACGUUAGAGAAUUCACAGGAGUUCAAAUGGACCAGACAAAGUUAUGCGGUAGGCGCAGAAUAUCGACUUCCCGACCUACGCUACGUUUUCACCCACCCAAGACAGGUCUUCGUUUUCGAAACCUGCUCCUGGAUGGGGAUCUUCCUCGACCCAAGCAAAUUCCCAACAGACUACGAAGUCCGCCUCAGCCAGAGAAUACUUAUUGCCACUGCAGUCAAGGUCGUCGUAAUCGAAAGAUUCUUACCUCAAGAGUUUAGAACACCUGCCCCGGGGGACUUUAAUUCCUCCACUUUGGAGUCUCUUCGCCCAGCCUACAAUGUCCUCCUCAACUUCCCUUGCCUCAAUCGGCUAAUUAUCAUCAAACCUUCAUGGGUCGACAGUCCUGGACAGUCCCGUCGAUCGAUAUCAAUCGUCAGGCGAAGAAUGGAAACCUUGAAGCGCAUACUUGAGGACAUCAUAAAGGAAAGAAACGACAUCGUCUCAUGCACCAAUUCCCUCAACCGAAGCAAGUCCAUCACCCAGCGAGAGGCCACGAGUUUUACUGCACCUUCUUGGUGGAAGAACCCCAAAAUAGAGUACAUGACCUCGGACGAGUUUGAUUCUGCUUUUAAGAGGCUUUAG